AUGGCAGCCGUAUACAAGACUCUGUCAGGAAACGACCACCAUGAGAAGGAGCCUGGAGAGAAGCGGAACAAGCAGCGUGUGCUCAUUCUGAGUUUCAGGCCACAUAGCCGAAAAGAGGCAAAACUCGACACCAAGACUAAGCUCUACCAGCUCAACGAACUAGCGGAACUUUACAACUGCAACAAUGUCCUAUUUUUCGAAGCCCGCAAAGGCAAGGAUCUCUACUGCUGGAUGUCAAAACCGCCCAAUGGACCCACUGUGAAAAUGCAUCUGCAGAAUUUGCACACCAUGGAAGAACUCAACUUCAUCGGCAACUGCCUGAAAGGAUCACGGCCUAUUCUCUCGUUCGAUGCCGCAUUCGAUAAGCAGGCACAUCUGCGUGUCAUCAAGGAGCUCUUCACCCAAAUCUUCGGCGUGCCAAAGACCAGCCGAAAGGUAAAGCCUUUUGUCGACCACGUGAUGGGCUUCACUGUUGCAGAUGGCAAGAUCUGGAUCCGUGUAUUCCAAAUCAACGAGUCUGAGACUAGCAAGAAGAAGACGGUUGAUGGUGAAGAGAUGGAUGUUGAUGCAGCGCCAAAGAAGAAGAGUGGAAAGUCCGAGUUCGAUGUUAGCCUUGUUGAGAUUGGCCCACGAUUCGUCCUGACACCCAUUGUCAUCCAGGAAUCAAGUUUCGGAGGCCCGAUCAUCUAUGAGAACAAGGAGUUCGUGUCGCCCAACCAGAUUCGUUCCGACUUGCGGAAAUCCAAAGCUGGACGGUUCAACAGGCGGACAGAGGCAACAAGGGACACGCAAGUCAAGCGCGCCGAUUUGGGUCUCACAUCGCAUGGUGGGCGCAGGAAGGAAAAGGACCCGCUCAGCGACCAAGUCCUGUUUGCUUAG